AUGUCAGCGAAAACUUUUUAUGCUUUAACUUUAAUUGUUCACGAGGAUCAAUCAGCUGAAUCUAUUGUAUUAACAAUAGACAAAUUCGUCACUGAAUCAUUACAUGCUAGUUUCGGUAAAACUCAGCUUUCUUCACGUGUUUGGGACUACGAACUCGAAAUAGAUAACUACCCAAAGGCGCUUGGUUUAAUCAAAACACAAUGUUUGAAUCAACCAUACGAUUUAAUUCUCCAGCCAAGUCUUACUAGAAGGGAUAAACAAUUGUUCAUUUUCGACAUGGACUCAACAUUGAUAUAUCAAGAAGUGAUUGAAUUAAUUGCAGCGUAUGCAGGAAUUGAAGAUAAAGUAGCUGAAAUAACAACCAGGGCAAUGAAUGGAGAGAUCGAUUUCAAUGAAAGUUUGAGAGAACGUGUUAGUUUACUUCGUGGGAUCGAUUCAACAACGAUAUGGAAAGAAUUGGAAGAAAAAAUCGAGAUUACCAAUGGUGUAAGGCCAUUGAGUAAAGCUUUGAAGAAAUUAGGGUGUGUGUUGGGUGUUUGCUCUGGUGGUUUCAUUCCUUUAGCUGAACAUAUCAAGAAUGAAUUGGGAUUAGAUUAUGCUUAUGCAAACACGUUAGGAGUCGAUGAAAAAAACAUUUUGAAUGGUGAAACUAUAGGUGACAUAGUCAAUGGAGAAAGGAAAGCUGAGCUCCUAUUAGAAAUAGCUCAAAAGCACGGGAUUGAUCCUAGGAAUGCAGUUGCUAUAGGUGAUGGGGCCAAUGAUUUGAAAAUGAUGUCGGUUGCUGGUUUUGGUAUUGCAUGGAAUGCAAAACCAAAGGUACAGCUCCAAGCCCCUGCUUGCUUGAAUACCAAGUCGUUGCUUGAUGUGUUGUACAUUUUGGGCUACAGUGAUGUGGAUAUUAAAGACUUGUUAGAAUAA